AUGGAUGCUGAUAAGACAAGUCACAAUGAAUCUUCCAUUUAUGAUAUUGCCAAUUUUGAGGCUUCCGCUGCUGAGUUCCCCACCUCUAUGGUGACCCCCAAUCCUGAGGAGGCCCUCAAUCUUGAGGAAUCCAUGUUCUUUAAAGAACCCUCCAUUGAAGCUCUCAAUGUAGAGAUGCUACAUAGAUCUUCUACUUCUGAGGCCCAUAACAAUGAAAAGGAAGAAGAGGCCCACAGCAGUGAUGAUUUUAAGAGCCCAGUGAAUGAUCCACUCUCUGAAGGCCACUUCCUUCCAGCCAAAUCCCCAAAAACCAUGAGAGAAAAAUCCACAGCUAAAGAACAUGAGGAACAGUAUGAAGAAGGCAUCAGUGAUGACCACAUCCAAACAAGCCAUCGAAAUACCCGAGGAAAGAAGAUAGUGAAGAAACCAAGCCCACGUUAUACAUUGCGCCCCAUCGCCCCAACCGACAAGCCAGAGGUGCUAGCAGUUGCAAAGGCUAUGCACAGGGAGAAGUUUGGAAAUCGUGUAAAGCAGCUUUUCCAGUGGGAGAAGGAUGCCGCACUGAAAGCCAUCCAGUCAGGUCUUUACAUUGGGUGGCGCUGCCCUCAUUACCUAUGGGACUGCUACCGGAUUGGGAAGGAAUCAAAGUGCUUUUGUGGACACCUGCUGGCCCAGCACCGGAUCAUCUCAGAUAUAUCUGUUCCCUGUACCAAGACUGCAUGCCGGUGUCAAAUGUUCUGCUUCAUCCCAUCACGACCAGAAGAAGUAGGAGAGUUCUGGCUUCAGAAACGAUCUGGUUUUGACCCCAAAGCAUGGAGGGCCCUUUGUCGCUGCAAACACAACCAUGAGGAGCACUUAGCCACAGGGUCCCACGCCUGUCGACAUCGCGGCUGCCAGUGUAACUUCUUCCAGUCCAACUUCCUUUGUGCUGCAUGCGACCGACGAUGGGAGGAGCACGAGACCUUCUUUGAAUCAGAGGAGACCAGGAGGCAGGGAGGGAGACCAAUUGGGACAUGCAGUAUUACACCCGGCAUAGGAACAUGUGAGCUGGGCCCCCAACGCCAGGAAAUAAAGAUAUGUCCACAGUAUGUGGACAUGGAUGAACAUAAAUGUGUGUAA